AUGCCAGAGAUGACAGACCCGAAGCAGAUGAGAGAAGCGACAAGGUCGUACUUGGGCAAGAAAGAAGCUUACGGGCCUCUCUUGGAGAAGCAGGAAGCCAAGACAGUGUCUGGUGGCACGGUGGCUUUUUGGCUGGUGAAUGUUUUCAGCUUGCUGGAUGGGAUUUGCCGUGCCGGUGGUGCUUUCUACGAUUUGCUUCGGAGCUGUGCAGAGAAAGCCGGCGGAAGAGCACUCCGAUUCGCGAUCUACUCAGACGAGGUAAUCCCAGGCAAUGUCCUUGCAGCCCGAACCUCGAGGAAGAGCUGGUGCAUCUAUCUCUCAUGCAUAGACUUCCCUGCUCAAGUGCUUGCGAUGGAAGAGGCCUGGCUCACCAUCGCACUGCUCAGGAGCUCUUUUGUGGCCUCGCUGGAGGGAAGCAUCAGCCAGAUCUUCAAAAUCAUCUUUCGCAGUAUCUUCUUGCACUCUAAGCAUGACCCGGCGGCAGGUGUUUGGAUGCAGGGGCCGAAGGGCGGGUUUCAUUUGUCAUUCGAGCCAAGCAUGGUAAUACAAGACGGGGCAGCUCACAAAUUCGCUUGGAGUGUGAAAGGUGACUCGGGUUCGAAGUAUUGUUUGUUGUGUGGCAAUCAGCGAGCCGACAAUCGCAACGAAGAGAAGAUCCCCAAGCAUGCACAUGCUGACUUGCAUUUGGUUUCGGAUGACGAUAUUUGGGAUUCUUGGUCGAGGCUCGCCGACCUGAAGGGCCGGUGUUCAGCCAAAGACUUUGGCAUGUGGCAGCAAGCCACUGGGUGGACCUUCAACACAGAAAGCAUUUUUUCGGAGCCUCUGCUGAGGAGGGUGGUCAAACCAGCAACCAUGUUCGUGCACGAUUGGAUGCAUUGCUGCUUGAGUAAUGGAACAUUGAAUGAUGCGACCUGGUUACUUCUCAGUGCCACGAAGGACCAUGGCUUCAAGGAUGUUUUUGCCACUCUGGAGAAAUACGUGGAUCUGUGGACACAGCCGGCUUCCUUCGCACACGUAAAGCUGAAGCAAGUCUUCGAGAACAAGCGGAUGAAAUCCUGUAGAGAAGCGGGGAAGUUCAAAACGACAGCUUCCGAAAUGCUCAGUUUGCUGCCGGUCCUCGCCUUUUUCGUCCGAACCUGCAUCCUUGACAAAGGCUUCCUACCAUCCGAGUGCGAAGCUUUUUUGCAGAUGUGCCUUAUGGUGGAACUAUUGCAGGCCGCCUGCCAUGGGCAUGGUUGUGUGCUUCCAUCCAUGUUGCGAGAGGCCGCCGACAAGUGCAUGAGCUCUUGGUUCGAAACGGGCUGGGGGGAGCACGUAACCCGCAAGAUGCACUGGUUGCUGCAUAUGGGUGACCACUAUGAAAAGCACAAGAGGCUGCCUGCUACAUUCAGCAUGGAGCGGAAGCACAGGACAAUCACCAGAUAUGCAGCAUCCAUCCAGAACACCAGCACUUUCGAGCGAUCCCUCUACGAGGAAGUGCUUGCCCAUGAGCUGUGGCACUUGGAGAAGUUGCCCGAGUUUCCGGUCGCCCUCGCUCUGGAAAACCCACGGCAGAAGCCCCCCACCAAGCUGAGGGAUCUGGUGCUCCAGAGCUUCCCACAAGUCUCCAAGGAUGACCUGAAGAUCGCAACGAUUCUACGGCUUCCUGGUGGUGGGUUGGCAAGCAAGGCAGACGUGUGUUUGCUGCAGGCAGACAAAGGGCGGGACCCUCCUUGGGAUUGUGCCGAAGUUUUUUGCCAUGUUUCCGUGCAAGGCACAUUGUGGUCCGUGGUCUCCCUUUGGAGCUUGCAGGAGUACAACAAGGACAAGCACUGUGCAGUGUGGACCGAGAUGGAGCAGCCUGUGAUUAUCGAGAGCAAAGACAUCCUGACAGCGGUGGUCUAUUUGAGAGACACGAAUUGUAUCCCACGCCAGUACGGGGAAUGGGCCUGCCGCGAAGAACGCGAAAACGGGAUCAACAUGAGUGCGGACCUCAAGCGCUUCGUCCUGUGGUUUCGCCGGAAGUCGGAGGAGAAGGAGAUGAAGGCGGGACCAUCCCGUCGGGAAAUGAUGGAGGACCCCGAGCGCUAUGCCAAGAUCCCCUAUCCAGGAUCCGCGUCGUCCCGGUCUUGGGAAGAGGUGUCGGCGAUGAGCCAAGCGGACAAGGACCAGAGGCCCCUGACUCCAUCCAGUUGCGCAGCUGUGACCCCUCUGAAGGCGUCACCCACCAAGCGCGGAGCGGAGAAGAACACCACCAAGGAGCGGAUGCACGUGGACCCACCGGAGCAGGUCUUGGAGGAGAUCAGGGCGCUCGAACAGAGCGGGCAUGAGGACAACGAGGAGAUGUGGGAAGAACUCGUGGGCGAGGACCAGGAAUCCUGCGUAUUGCUUUCUGAGAAUGUCGAGAACGUCCUUGCGGAGGCCAUCCUGAAGGAGGACUACUCGGCGGCGACCCUCACCUCGAUCCUGGAGGCCACCUUUGGCAAGAACGGCGAAGAUUUUCCUAAUCGGGGAGCUCGGGCCAGGAAGAGGGCUAUGGGGGAGAACGACACCGGUGGUUGCAGGAUCUCGCUCGGCUACUACACCUACGGGAGCAUGCGGGGGAUCUGUGCCAAUACCUCGAAGUACGCGUCUCUCUGUAUCUACCUCAAGAACUACUUCCUCGUGAAACUACCCGAUGCUAAGUGGUCCUCGCUCUCGAUCGCGUUCAAUUGUCAGCCCCGGGUUCAUGCCGACUUCAACAACCUGAAAGGGACCCUGAACUACAUCACCUGUGCCGGCGACUUCACCGAUGGAGGAGGACUGUGGCAAGAAAACGGCCAUGCAAAAGGGGACGAUGUUGUGCUGGACCCCAAGGACCGCGAGAUCAAAGGGAAGGUGCUACCUACUCUUGGAAGCAUUGUGUCCUUUGUGCCGGAGCGCUUUCAUUCGGCCCAGGCGUGGACGACCGGGAACAGGUGGUCCGUGACGGCAUUCUCCACCAGAGGCUUCGCCGGAAGCACGCAAGGUGAAUGCCGACAACUUCGACUUUGGGGAUUCCCACUACAUGAUCUACGACAUCUCUCCCGUGACCGCAAGCAGAUUGAGAGUGGGAUCCAGGAUGCUUUCGGCCGUCUUGCCGAUCUCCGCACAAGCGACGGACAGGCCCAUUGGCAGUCCGGAUUCACUGAGAGGCACGGCAAGUGGUGGAAGGAGAUCUUUGCGAGGGUUGUUCAGGAUCAGACCGUGCGUGGAGAAGAAGUGGAGGAAGCUAUCGCGGCAACUUCCUCUGCGAAGAAUGAACUACGGCGUCGUUGUGGGUGGGCGCCUUGCCAAAUCGUCUUCGGGAAGAAUCCUCGCGGUGACGAUGACCUACGGUUCGAAGUUGAGGAAGGUGGUGGAGAGCUACUCAGGACCCCAGACUCUGCACAACAGCGCCGUGAGACGAUCCGCAACGCAGCCAAGCUCUCCUUCUUCAAGUCCCGGACCGAGGACAAGAUCCGACGAGGGAUGUCUCAGAGAGCCCGAGUGAAGCCCCGAGAUCUCGACAACGGAGCUAUGGUUCUUUUCUGGAGGAAGCCUGCAAACAAAAAGACCGGUCUCUGGAAGGGGCCCGGAACCAUUAUCGGGCGCCAAGACAACAACUACUGGGUGUCACACAGCGGCCGGUGUUAUCUAUGUGCUCCAGAACACCUUCGCAAGGCCCUGCCAGAGGAACUUGGUGGAUUGUUUGCACUCCGCGCGACAAAGGACGAUCUACUACGUUUGGUGGAAAAGAACUACGAUGACUCGGCGGUGUUCCCGGCCGAAGACGACGCCGAGAUUGGCGACAAGGACCUGUUCGACGCAGUCAUGGACCUCUCCGAACCCGAGGGUGACGAAGGCGAGGCGGAAACGGGCGACAUGGAACUCGACAAUGGAGACCUACUUGAAGAAGGACCUCCCGAACUUCCUCGUGAUGACCUCCCCCGCGCCGUCCGCAGGAGAUUCUCCACGAAGAGACCGGAGCCCUACGACGCCGCCAAGGAAAAGGAGACCGUCAACGAGGCCCACAUGUUGAAGAGGGCGACUACCAAACGCGGCAGGGACAAACAACUCGAGAAGGAGAUCCCUUGGAGCAUGAUUCCGGAGUCCAAAAGACAGCUCUUCAUUGAUGCAGAGCACAAGCAGUGGGAAGAACAUCUUCGACUCGGAGCCCUUCGCCCCCUGGAUCUAGCAGAGAGUGCCGAGAAGAUCAAGUCGGGGCGGGUACUCUCCUCGAGGUUUGCGUACCGCGACAAGAACUUGGCCCGACGACGGACCGAUCCGACGGUCGAAUGGAAAGCCAAGUCAAGGCUAGUGGUGUCCGGGCAUACCGACCCAGACAUCGUUUCAGGAGCUCUCAGGACCGACUCGCCGACGGUGUCACGCACGGCGGUCAUGACACUGCUUCAGUUGGCCGCCUCCCAGCUGGACGAUGACUGGGGUGUUGCAGCUGGUGAUGUUACCGCAGCGUUUCUCAAUGGCGAGAAGUUGGACCGCGAACUUUAUCUACGACAACCAAAGCACGGACUUCCAGGACUCCAUCCAGAUCAACUCAUAAAGAUUGAGAAGGGGGUUUUCGGAUUGAUCGAUAGCCCUAGAAAAUGGUGGAAGAAGUUCAAGAAGGAUAUCCAAGAGAUGACGAUCGACCUCCCCGACAACAAGAAGGGCAAGUUCUUCGCCUCCCCCCUGGACCCGUGUGUGUUCCAGCUGAUCGAGUUGGAUGCCGAUGGCAAGCGUGGCACCGGACCACCACUGUGCUACGCAGCGGUCCACGUCGAUGACAUUCUUCUGGCCGGACCUCGAGCUCUUCGUACUUCGGUUCAAGGACAGCUCUCUAAGUGUUUUCCGGUCGAUGAAUGGGAAGAGGACGUCUUCGACUUUAUCGAUUCCCAUAUUGAGACCCGACACGAUGGCAUCUUCGCGCCAGGUGACGCACUUGCCGAUGCCGAACAAAUUGCGGACAAUCGCUCCCUGGUUGGUGCUCUCUCAUGGCUGGCAUCGCAAUCGAGGCCAGAUCUGGCCUGUGGAGUGUCUAUGUGCCAACAACUACAAGCCCGACCGACGAUCGAGGACAUCCGCUUCACCAACACCAUGGCGAAACGAGCACUACUACACAAGGAAGAAGGCAUCCUCCUGGCGAAGAUACCGCUCAAUGAAAUGGUCGUGACGGUGUUCCACGAUGCGGGAUGGAGCAAUGCGCCGGACUCCAACGCGGACCCCAUCUACUUUCUCUACGAGGAGGACGAGAAGAACGGCAUGAUCACCGAAGGGCCCUGGGUGAACAAGGCCCGAAAGACAAAGAAGAAGAACUCGAGCGUAGCUUCACAGCUUGGUACCCUGGUGAUGCUAUGUGGCAAGGAUGGAAUCAAGCAUCCUGGAAUGGGGUUCGAGCUUGGGCAGUAUGUGAGAGCAAUGAUCGACUCCUUCCUCACCGGCAAGAUCACCAGAGAUGCAGGAAAAGGAAUUCUAAUCCUGGGUGUUGCCGACUGCCGUUCCUUGUACGACCAUAUGCACCGUGAUGGGCUUCCGAGAACUCCCUCCGAUCGUCGUCUUGCGAUAGACAUCGGCUGCCUGCGACAAACACUGAUGGAAGAGACCGCCGAGUGCGAUGAUGCCCGGGCUCCCUUGGUCUGGGUGCCGACUCACCUUCAACGAGCAGACAUACUGACCAAGCCCAAACUGGCUAGUGAUUGGUGGCCUCUUUCAGGGCGACUAAGUCUCCCUUUGAAGGCGGGAAACGUCGUUUUGAAGCAGUGUAAAUCUGAAGAGCGAUGUCAGGACCCCAUACGCAUGUCUGAACACGUGCGAGAGGAAUGUUCCAGUGCAUAA